AUGACCGAACUUCUAGUUCAUCUCGUUUACAUUCACGGCUUCCAAGGCGAUGAGACGAGUUUCCAGUCUUUCCCGAAGGACCUCCAAGAAUACCUGUCUGCCACCGUCGUUUCCCCUACCAACCCGACUAUCAAGUUCCAGUCGAGCUUAUACCCGACAUACAAGAGCCGGAAGCCGAUUGCGGAGGCUACUCACAACUUUCUUGCAUGGCUGAAGACCCAGCCGCCCGGGCCAGUCAUCCUCAUGGCACAUUCGAUGGGCGGUCUCCUCGCAGCGGAUGCAGCAACCGGUUCAUUCAACGCCGGCCCAGCCAAGUCACGCAGGAUACUUGGUGUUAUCGCCUUCGAUGUCCCAUAUCUGGGAAUGCACCCCCAUGUCGUCGUCAGCGGUCUUGCCUCGCUCUUUCCAAAAGAGCUGGAGGAAACGAAGGAGAAGCAUCCCAAGGAGGCGGACGUGAACAAGCAUGCAGAUGUCCAGAUCGUGGAUAGGGCAGUCACGGAGGACUGGGAGACAUUCAAGAGCAGGAUAGACGGAGAGCGCUCGCAUUCGCAACCCUUGACCUCCCCUCCCACUUCUCUUGAUCCACCAUUGCCUUCACCCCCACCACGCAGCAAGUCGCCCAUUCUCGACAAAACCCUUUCUUUUCUGUCCCACCAUGCCAACGGGAAGGUCGGCAACUGGCUCCAAAAGCACUCGAACGACCCCUUCUCCGCCGGCAAGCGCAUUGUGGUCGAAUACUUCCAGUUCGGCUCGAGCAUGUUUGACCCCAGCGGCCUGAAGGACCGCUACACCCGCCUGGUCGCUUGGCAAGACGGACUGUGGGUCAACUAUUGGACGCAAGUGCCCAAGCCCGUCGUUCACGAAGAGGAUCCAGCGUUGGGGCAUGUCGAAACCGUCGAUUCAGUGCCGUCCACUGCAUCCACUCCUCCCAUCGCAAAUUCUUCUUUGGUAGAGCGUCCUGACAGCCCGCCGCGAAAGACAGAUAAGAAGAAGGAGAAAAAGCAGAAAAAGAACAAGUCGCAUCACUUCAUCGUCCUCCCGAACGGCCUCGGCGAGUACUUUGGCGGGCUGGACAGGUGGGAGAAGGUGAUGAUUGGCGGCGUUGCGGACGAGGUCGCCGCGCAUACGGGGCUGUUCAUUCGGGGGAGUAACUUGGAAUACGAGCAGCUCGUGCAGCGUGUUGCUGACCGGGUCAUCGGGUGGUGUGCCGUGUUGAAGUAA